CUCCAGCUGCCUUGGAUCUCUCCUCCCAUCCUCCCUCCAUCGCACCACAUCAUCGGACCCCAUAGUCUGCGGAAGUUCUCACGAUGCGCCCCAAGGCUUCAAAACCCACCAGCGAUGAGCUCCUCGCUCAAUUUGAUGACCUGGGGGUCGACUCCGCCUCCGAGCAGGAGUCCUCCAAAACAACCCCCAAGCCCACCACGGCUCAGUCCGAGCAAGACAUUCUCGCCGAACUGGACAACCUUGCCUCCCAACGCCCCGGCAGUGGUCCAGGCACCCCGCGCGUGUCGACCAACGAACCUAGACCAAUCAUCAAGUCCCCUAAACCGGCCGCCACAACUGUGACCCCAUCCACCGGCCGUUCUAGUGAAGAGAAACAGGCACCUCGUAAGUCGGGGGAAAGCGCCCGGGUGUCUUUUACGGAGAAGAGAGCUGCCGAUAUACAAAAGCCCGAGCCCGAGCCCGAGAAGCCGGCAGUUCAGGAGAAAGCUACCUCGGGCGGUGGCGGCGGAGGAUGGUGGGGUGGUAUCUUUGCAACGGCCACCGCAACAGCCAGCGCUGCCAUGAAGCAGGCUGAGGCGGCUGUCAAGGAGAUUCAGCAGAACGAGGAGGCUCAGAAAUGGGCUCAACAGCUUCAAGGGAAUGUUGGAGCUUUGAAAGACCUAGGUGGGGAGCUGCGCAACAUGGCUCUUCCUACAUUUACCUCUCUCAUCCACACACUCGCUCCUCCGAUCUCGUCUCACGAACGUCUCCAAAUCCAUGUUACACACGAUCUUUCUGGGUAUCCCAGCAUCGACCCUCUGGUAUACGCGGUCUUCUCGCGUGUGAUGGCCCAGGUAGAAGGCGGGGACCUCCUCGUCAUCCAGCGGGGUCAGGAGUCAGCCCCGAAGCGCGGACUGGACAUCGGUGGCAUCCAGUUCUCUGGCCCUGGCUGGCAUGACGGUCCGUGGUGGCGCACCGUGACACCCGGCAACCCUCGCACUCUGGCGGCCAUCCGCGGCACCGUCGAGGCCACCAAGCUGGCACGGGCCAGCGCCGAAGCGUAUGCUACCGAGUAUUUCUCUGCCAAGGGCGGCGUAGAGGCGGCUGCAAAGCAAGCCACACAGGAUCUCAGCGAAACCAACCCGGUCCGCAGCAGCGACAUCUUCCUGGCGAUCCAGGCCAUCAGCCAGACCACCUCGACCGAACUCUUCCAGGCAGGUCCCACGACGGACCAGGCCACCCCGGGAGUGGUCGAUGUUCCUGAAGCCGCCGAGGAAGAGGUGGUGUUCGCUCUGUAUCUUCACGAUCCCAUUCACGGGAUUGCCUUCCACACGCUCUCACAAGCCAUCCCUCAGAAAUGGAUCGACUGGCUCGAGACCCCGGCCAUCCCAGUCGAGGACCCGGAGGGCGAGGACGCCAGCGUCCCUCGUACCACGAUCCCGGAUGAAAUCGCGGACAUCAUCGAUAAUGGCGGCGUCGACCCUCGGGAGUGGGCAUCCGAGUGGAUCGAAGAAUGCCUGUCGCUGGCGGCCGGGGUGGUUGCACAGCGCUACGUGGCGCGGAGAAUGGGGGUGGGCGAGGGCGGACCGGCCAAGGGCAAGAUGCGUGCUGAGCAGGCAUCCGUGGUGGACAGUGGCGCGGGCGAGGCUGCGCGGGCGCUUUAGAGUUGCGGUAUCGAUCAAUUGUCUAUCGUAUUUGCGUCUUUCUUUUUUUUAAUGACCACAUGAUAUGACGCCCCCACACAUUUCAUAUUCUCACCUUAUUUUUAUUCUGUUGUAUUGACUAUCGAGUCAUGGCAGCUAAUCCAUUCCCAUUCCAACCUUCCCAACUCGGCGU